UCCGUUCUAGAGCGCAAGCGCGGGUUGCGGCGGGCCAAGAUGGCGGCGGCGGCGGCAGCGGCUGCUGCGACCGAGCAGCAAAGCUCCAAUGGGCCAGUGAAGAAAUCCAUGCGAGAGAAGGCUGUGGAGCGAAGGAACGUUAACAAAGAACACAAUAGUAACUUUAAAGCUGGGUAUAUUCCUAUUGAUGAAGAUCGGCUCCAUAAAACUGGGCUGAGAGGGAGGAAGGGCAACUUAGCCAUCUGUGUGAUUAUCCUCCUCUUCAUCCUGGCUGUCAUCAACCUGCUAAUCACACUUGUCAUCUGGGCCGUGAUUCGUAUUGGGCCAAAUGGCUGUGAUAGCAUGGAGUUUCACGAGAGCGGGCUGCUGCGAUUCAAGCAAGUGUCUGACAUGGGCGUCAUCCAUCCGCUGUAUAAGAGCACAGUGGGCGGCAGGCGGAAUGAAAACCUGCUCAUCACUGGCAACAACCAGCCAAUUGUUUUUCAGCAAGGGACAACCAAGCUGAGUAUCGAAAAGAACAAAACUUCUAUCACCAGUGACAUUGGGAUGCAGUUUUUCGACCCAAGGACACAGAACAUCUUAUUCAGCACGGACUACGAGACUCACGAGUUUCAUCUGCCAAGCGGAGUGAAAAGUCUGAAUGUCCAGAAAGCGUCAACUGAAAGGAUUACCAGCAACGCUACUAGUGACUUAAAUAUCAAAGUCGAUGGGCGUGCAAUUGUGCGUGGUAAUGAAGGCGUGUUCAUCAUGGGCAAAACCAUUGAGUUUCACACGGGGGGUAACGUGGAGUUAAAGGCUGAAAACAGCAUCAUCCUCAACGGCACCGUGAUGGUCAGCCCACUGCGUCUGCCCAGCUCCUCCAGCGGGGACCAGUCAGGAAGUGGUGACUGGGUGCGCUACAAGCUCUGCAUGUGUGCGGACGGCACGCUGUUCAGAGUGCAAGUAACAGGCCACAACAUGGGCUGCCAGGUCUCAGACAAUCCUUGUGGCAACACUCACUAAAAAAAUCCAUCCCCAGGGGUCAGUGGGUUCAGAUCUCUUGACCUCUCCUUUUUAAGAAUGCACGUGAACCAUGUUUUUACAGAAUUUGCCAUAACUUGUACUUACUUUAACUGGGGAGUGCCACUGUAUCUGCUAUGCACUCUGCAUAUUUAAGCGAUUUUUGAGUGCCUAAAUUCUAAUAUGUUUUAUUAAGCUGCACUGAUAAUUCAAACAACAGUUCUCUAAAAUAAUGAGAAAUUAAUAUAAUCAAAAUUAAUCUUUGACAUGUUUUUUAACCUUCUACAAUCUCUUGUCUAAAGGACAAAGGGCUGAAGACUCACCGUAAGUAAGCCGUUGGCCAUUUCUAACAGGGAGAGAUCCACUAGAAGUGUCUGGAGGGCACAGCAUCACUGUCUGUGCUCUGUCUUUUAAAGGGGAAGGCACAGAUUUUUUAAUGCAUUAACCCAAAGCCACAUUUUCACAAACAAGUCAUUUUAAAACUUUCUAUAUACAAGCUUGUAAGAAACUAUGUUUCCUUAGUUUUGCACUAAAGAAAUGCUCUGUCAUGGUAUGUUUACUUGAAAUAAUGAUCCAUAUAAGUCUUUGCAAUGUAUAGACAUUAAAACAAUCGCAGCCCUCACGUGCAAGCAGGAACCUUAGCUGUCACCGUCUUGCUGAGCUGUCCUGGGCACCAUGCACUGACCUCUCUAAUUCCCACUGCAGCUCUCCACGUCACGCCUCAUUCCCAGCUUCACCCACAAGGAAACUGAAAGUCAGAGAAGUCAGGGAAGCCGCCCG